GUUACCCCUCAAACGACGUCCUCAGGUUGAUAGUCUUGAUUAGAAAUACAGCGCCGAGUUUUCACUAUUUAUUUGUCGCAUUUCUCCCUCAUUUCGUCUUUGUAUUUUCAAUCUCUAUCAAUUUGCUUUCUCUGUGUCUUGCCAAUUCCUACGUUAUUCUCAACAUGAGCUCCGACGACGUCGCCAUCAAUGGAUGGACUGCAGUCCCGGUUGACGCCGGGAAGAUCUUCAAGAAUGGACCUUACAUCAAUGAACCUGAGUACGUUGAUGUUGAGAGCAUCCAGUUCCCAAACGACGACCCAAUUGUCGAGAAGACACAGCAACAUGCCAAAGAUAAACUCCUGAAGCAGACUUAUAACCAUUCCAUGAGAGUUUACUACUGGUCGACUGUCAUUCUCCGACAGCAGUUCCCAGAGCAUGCUGGCACUCUCUCCCCUUCGACCCUGGCACUAACAUGCCUCCUCCAUGACAUCGGCACCACCGAUGAAAACAUGUCCUCAACCCGCCUUUCUUUUGAGUUUCAAGGCGGCUUCCAAGCUCUCAACCUCCUUCAAGACAACGGCUCUACCAAAGACCAAGCCGAAGCCGUUUGCGAGACUAUAAUUCGUCAUCAAGAUCUCGGCACUGAGGGAAGAAUCACCUUUCUCGGGCAACUCAUCCAACUGGCUACGAUCUACGAUAAUGUUGGUGGACAUCCAAAUGUCAAAGACUUCGGGAAGAUCAUUCAUGAGAAGACGCGCGAGGAAGUAAACAACGCUUUUCCUCGUGAGGGAUGGCUGGGAUGCUUUGCGGCCACGAUUCGGAAGGAAGAGAGCUUGAAGCCGUGGUGCCAUACUACUCACAUUCCAAAGUUUGCGGAGCAGGUUGAGGGGAAUCAGCUUCAAAAGCCAUAUGAGUGAGAUUUGAGUGCCUACCGCUAUAUAUUGGGUUUUCAUGCAGUCUCUUGCAAGUAGUCUGUGGUUGAAUUUCACUAAUCUUUCAUUCCAUCAUCUAUGUCUUGAUACAAAACUCUUAAGCUAAUUCUACUCAUCAUUACCUACCAUCGCAACUCUACGAACCCUGAUUAGUAUCCAGAUACAUCAGGCCACUCCGUCUCAAUACCCUCUCUGAUGAUCAUA